CUUGCUAUGGGAUGGAUGGAGAAGAGAACCACUAUGUGUCCCAGCUCCGGGAGCUCUACAGCAGCUGUGACACCACCGGGACCGGCUUUCUGGACCGGGACGAGCUGACCCAACUCUGCCUGAAGCUGCGUGUGGAAGCGCAGCUGCCCCUGCUCUUGCAGACCCUGCUUGGAGGCGACCGCUUUGCCCGGGUCAGCUUCGAGGAGUUCAAGGAAGGCUUUGUGGCAGUGCUGUCAGCAGAUGCUGCGGCCGAGGCCUCGGAGGAAAACGCUGCUUCUCUGGAGUCAGCUGCGCCUGGCGCUGUCCCGCCCAAGUAUGUGAGGGGCUCCAAGCGGUACGGACGCCGCAGCCUCCCCGAGCCCCGCGACCCCGAGGCUGAAGUCCAGCGUCUGCUGGAGCCGUCCUGGAGCCAGCUGCGCCGCGCUGCGUCCCUGGAGAGUGUGGAGAGCCUCAAGUCGGACGAGGAAGCCGAGAGCCCUAAAGAGCCUCCGAAUGAUCUGUUCGAAGCACAAGGCCAGCUGCCUACCUGGGGCUCCGAGAAGCCCCAUGGCACCGCCUCAGACCCUCCCGGGAAUCGUGUCCGGGGCCUCUGGGAGCAGCUGGAUGUCGGCCGCAGCGGGCACCUCACCGAGCAGGAGCUGGCCCUGGUGUGCCGGAGCGUCGGGCUCCCGGCCCUGGAGGAGGAGCUGCAGGGCCUGUUCAGCCAGCUGGACCGGGACGGGGACGGCAGGCUGAGCCUGGAGCAGCUGCAGCUGGGCCUCGGCCACGGCGGGCCCUGGUCUCACGCCCAGGUGCUGGAGGAGGGGAGCUGCCACACGAUGACCAGCUCUUCUCUCGUGUCACUGUGCUCGGGCCCCCGGCUCCUCUGCAGCCUGGACGACGGCUCAGGCUUUGCCGCUCCCGAGCAGCUCAUCGCCCUCUGGGCGCAGGAGGGGGUUCCCAACGGGGCCGAGGUCCUGCAGAGUCUUGACUUCAGUGUGGACGAGAAGGUGAACCUCCUGGAGCUGGCGUGGGCCCUUGAGAACGAGCUGGUGGCUGUCAGCGGGACCACGCAGCAGGCGGCUUUGGCUUGCUACCGCCAGGAGUUGAGCUUCCGCCAGGGCCAGGCAGAGCAGAUGGAGAAGGAGCGAGACAAAGCCCGGCAGGACCUGGAGAGAGCCGAGAAGAGGAACCUGGAGUUUGCCAGAGAGAUGGACGACUGCCACUCGGCCUUGGAGCAGCUCACGGAGGAGAGGUUCAAGCGCUUGGAGCGGGACUUCGGGGAGCGGCUGAGCACACUGCGGGCGCAGGCGGAGCAGGAGCGUGAGCUGCAACGGGAGCAGGCCCAGGGGCUCACGGCCCAGCUGGAGCGGGGCCUCGGGCAGGCGCGUGAGCGGGAGGCUGGCCUGCGGGAUGCGCUGGCUCUGGCCCUGCAGGAGAACAGCCGGCUGCAGAAGGAUGUGACUGAGCUGGCAGAGAAGCUCUCAGAGUCCCAGAGGCUGGUCCGGAGGCUGCAGCAGGACCUGGAGUCGGUGCUGAAGGACAAGCUGGAGCCCCAGAGCGCAGAGCUACUGGCCCAGGAGGAACGCUUUGCCCAGCUCCUUAAGGAGUUCCAGCGCAAGUGCCGGGAUUUACAGGACCAGAACGAUGAGCUGCAGAUGGCCCUCGAGGGUCUGCAGGCAAGGCUGCCCCUGAACCCCCAAGGUCGGCCACAGACACAGACGGAUGGGCAGCUGCUCCCUGGACACUGCCCAGCAGGUAGGCGGGGCCUCUCGUCUGCAGGCUCUCCCCUGUUGGCGGCGAGUAUCCAGACGGAACUCAUGCUGGAGCAGGCGAAGGAGCAUUAUCAGGACCUUAAGAUCCAGCUGGAGAUGCAGGUGAAGCACUACGAGAAGGAGGCAGAGGUGAUGAAGCGGGACUUCGCGCAGGAGAGGAAGGAGGCAGAGCGGGCGUUCAGCCUCCAGGUCCAGGUGCUGGAGGAACAGAAGGCCGAGCUGGAGGCGCUUCUCCGCGGCCUACAGGAGCGGCCCCGGGCCGGGCCCCUGGAGGAGCAGCGCGGUGUGCAGGCGCCACCGGCCUGGGAGGACCCGCAGGAGCGGGGCCCGCUCGGAAGAAUGGAGGUGGAUCGACUUUCUGAAGCAAACACGUUGUUGACGACCAAGCUUGAAAGGCUUCAGGAAGAGCUCCGGGCUGCAGAGAGGACAAGCAGCACCCAGAGGCAGGAAAUCGAAGCCUUACGGGGAGACAGAGAGAAGGCCUGCUCGGCGCUGGGGGAACUUGGCAAACAGAAUCAGAAGUACAAGGCUGAACUGUCCCAGCUUGGAGAGAGGGUCCUACAGCUGCGGGAGGAGGUGGCCACACAGCAGGCUCAGAACGAGGAGAACCACGCUACCAUCCGGCUGUUGCGGCAGCAGCUGGAGGAGACCAGGCAGCAGCAGGGGCUGUGGGAGGAAGAGGAGCCGCAGCAGCUGCGAACCGCAGAGGCGUGUGCGGAGGAGGCAGGGCUGGCCCUGAAGAGCGCGGAGGGGCUCCUGCAGGACAAGGUGUGCGAGCUGCGCCAGCAGCUGGCCUCGCGCAGCAGGGCGGAGCUGCUGCUGCAGGAGCUGUACGUGGAGAACGCCCACUUGGCGACGCAGCUUCGGGCCGCAGAGGAGCAGCGCCGUGGAGCCCAGAGCAGGGCACGGGCCCUGGAGGAGAAGGUCCAGGCCCUGCAAGGGCUGCUCGGCCAAGUCGCGGCCGCCGCACUCGCCGUGUGAUGCGGGGUGAGCAGCAGGCCACCUUCUCCCCAGCGCACGGAACUGCCCUCAGCGAGCAACCAGAGAGAAGGCACCCGGGCCACGGCACUCUGGCAAAGAGACCAGCUGGGGAAAUGAAGGAAACCUCCCUCCCAGGGCGUCCUGGCGAUGCCAAGAGAGAUGCACCGCAAGCCUGUCACUCGGCCACCCGGAUGGAGAUGCCCAGCAGUGCCAAGUGCCGGCCUUCAGAACAGUGUCGUGCCUGUGGCCAGGGAGCCCUGCAGGAGGGUGGCUGGGCCACACUGGCUCAGGGAUAGUA